AUGCUCAUCAAGGAAUACCGAAUCCCGCUGCCGCUCACGGUGGAGCAGUACCGCAUUGGCCAGCUGUACAUGAUUGCGAAAAAGUCGCGUGAAGAGUCCGAGGGUGAGGGCUCUGGCAUUGAAAUUCUCGUCAACGAGCCGUACGAGAACGGACCUGGCGGCAAGGGCCAGUUUACCCGCAAAAUCUACCACGUCGGGCGCCAUUUGCCCAGCUGGAUUAAGGCCGUGCUGCCGAAAUCCGCCUUCAUUCUGUACGAAGAAGCGUGGAACGCCUACCCGUACACGCGCACCAAGUACCAGUGCCCGUUGGUCGACAAGUUUGUCCUGGACAUUGAGACGCGCUUUUACAACGACGACGGCAGCCAGGACAACGUGUUUGGGCUGUCCAACUCUGAGCUCAAGGAGCGCACGGUCGACUUUAUCGACAUUGUCAAUGACAAGGUCGAAAAGGACUACAAGCCAGAGGAGGACCCGGGCUUGUACGUGUCCAAAGUCACCCAACGUGGCCCGCUAAAGUCAGACUGGGUCAAGACGGCAACGCCACUCAUGUGCGCCUACAAGGUCUGCCGCGUCGAAUUCCGGUACUGGGGCCUGCAGUCCAAGAUUGAGCGCUUUGUGCACCAAGCAGCCAUCCGCAACGUGCUCUUGCGUGCGCAUCGACAAGUCUGGUGCUGGCAGGACGAGUGGUGGACCAUGUCCAUGGAGGACAUUCGCGCCAUGGAGCGAGAAACACAGGCAGCCCUCGCACAGGUCAUGACCAAGCGAUUGGAGGAUGGCGCAGAAGCGGGCGAGUCAGAAGAAGCCGGAGAGGCUGGAGCACAUCCCGCCAGUGCCGCUUCUGCCGCAAAUCAGCAGGCUCAACUUGCUCUUCCGGCGGCGUCCUCGUCGUCGGCAACGAGCGCAACAGCCACGCUGACUCCGGCCUCGCCUGCUGGUGCCCUUCCCGUCUCCGCCUUGGACGUCGAAUCGUCCCAAUUGUCCAUGCUGCACCGCGUUUCAGUUUCGACCGCUGGCUCCUACGCGAGCCUGAGCCAAGGCAGCGAUUCGAAUGAUGAAGAUGAGUUCUUUGACGCUGCAGACUCUUUUGAAACACUUCAAGUUGAAAAUGCAGUGCACGCACACAUGCAAGCCAUGCCCCGCUCUGCCGCGACGUCCUCUGCCGGCUCCCACGCGGCUGCAACUCCACAGCACUUGGUCCUCGUUGUGGCACCCCACAUGCUCAUUGAAGAAUCCAAUGAGCUCGACGACGUUCACAACGAGUUUGACACGUUCGUCCACACGCUGCACGCCGUCGUGCAUACACACUACAAGGAUGACCAGGGCGCGAUUGCCCUGAGGAAGAUCCGGUGCCAACCUGUCGGUUCGGAGGCCCAGAGUCUGCUCGAGUCGAUCGACCCCAGCUCGGACGGCUCAGAGUACGCCCGCGCGGCUGUGCUGGCGCUGUUUACAGUCAGCUCGGCGCAGUUUGUCCAGCGCGUGUCCGACCUUGGGCGCGAGGCAGCUCGCGUGUACAAAGAGUUCAAGGCCAGCCAUCCUUCGUUCAACGGCACUGUUUCCAUGGUGGGCGACUCUGUUGGUGGCCUGCUCGCGCUCGAACUGCUGUCCCAACGCAUCAUCCCGGAGCAGCAGGCGCCCGUCACCGUCGAAUCGUCUCGCCCAAGCACCAGCAAUGCAAGCAGCGCACCUUCAAGCAUGAACUACAUUUCGGCGUUUGUCGAGCCUGCCAUCAUGCUUCCGUUCCAAGUCACCAAUCUCUUCACGUUUAGCUCUCCCAUCAGUCUUGUUCUAGCCUUCCGAAACCAAGCCAAGGGUGAGCGCUCAAUGCCGCGGCCAGCAUGCCAGCAGUUGUACAACCUCUACCAGAGCGUGGAUCCCACAGCCUUCCGUAUCGAGCCCUUGUUGGACGCGCGCUUCAAGAGUGUGCCGCACAUGACGGUGCCUCGUUUCCAUGCCUAUCCCUGCGGAACUGGCGCGCCACCUUCCCUGUCGAACAGCGUGCGCGAGCACAAGGAGCUUUUUGGCUCGAGCAAGGCAGCGGCAACUUCGGCCGGUUUGGCCACCCACUUGUUGGCCAGUCACUCGAGCGGGCACUUGAAUUCCGCCGUGUUGGAUGCGCUUGCGCAACAGUGGUGGGGCGAGCGGCGCGUUGACUACGAAGUGUACUUUCCCAAGGGCAUCGAGUCCUUCCCCCGUAGCGCGCUCAUGCACAUUCUCCACUCGAGCUACUGGGAAUCCAAGGACGUGGCGGCGUUCAUUGUUCGCGAGGUGCUUGGGCGCGCCUCGUAUCUGCCUCCGGCAGUCAACCAGCCAGUGACGCGCCUCUCGAUGCGCCAGAGCUCGCAGGGGAGCCAACGCAAGGGCCUUGUGCUUGACUCACCCGGCCCGCAUUCUCCGGGCUCAGUCUCGUCGACUGUUCCUUCUGUGGAGGACGACGACGAUUCCGACGACGGUGGCUCGCAACCGGGCUCGGCACGCGGUAGUGAUGCCAGCCUCGGCGACCGGCCAAAGUGGCGCCGCAAGCGAACGUGGUUUAAAGUCAAGGGGCGUGUCCCCAACCAUCGCGCGCCGGAUGUCGUGGCGCUCGAUGCACACGACGUGCAUCAGACACUGUCGGCAAAGUUCAUGUACGGCUCGUUCGAUCUGAAUGCGCUCACCGGCGAGGAUGUGGACGUUUUCAUCAUGAGCGACCCGCUGAACAACGAGUGGUGCUACCUCGACACGGUGCGCACCUCUAAAACGGGUACCAUCACGUACGUCCUUCCUGAAGAGCGCAAAAUGGGCGUCGGCGUCUACCCGGUGCGGAUGAUUGUGCGCGGCGAUGCGUCGCUGGCCGAGUGCAACCUGUUUAUUGUGCAAAAGCACACACGCGCCGUGGUGUGCUCCGUGGACGGCGCGUUUGCCGCAUCCACGACCAUUUCCGGGGCCGAUCCGCGCAUCCAGCCUGGCGCUACAGACGCCGUCCGCUUUUGGGCCGAUCGCGGCUUUUUGAUCAUGUACGUCUCGGCUCGUCCCGACAUACAGUUGCACGGCGUGGUCGCGUGGAUGGCACGCCACAACUUCCCGCUCGGUGUGAUUAGCCUGCGCGACUCCUUGUCCAAGGAUCCCGCCAAGCAGAAGAUCAAGUACCUCCGCGCGCUCAGGGACGCUACCGCGCUCGAGUAUUUUGCUUGCUACGGCUCGAGCAAGGAUGUUGCCGUGUAUGCCGCGCUGGAUAUUGAGCCGUCGCGCACGUUUGUCAUUGGCUCCAAGCAGCCGAAGGAAGGCUGCGUCGUCAUGAUGGACGGCUACUCGGACCACCUGACGAUGGUCAAAGAUCAGGCGUUGGCUGAUCUGGCCAUUCGUCCAGUGUCUCAAAUUGGCCAGCCUUCGGUCGUGACGCGCAAGCACAUCUUUUUGCACCAAAGCCCCAGCGAAGAAGAGGCAUCCACCCAACUUCUCACUGCCACCGGCUCUGGCACGUUUUCGGAUCCUGGUGGCAGCGGGAAUGUGUCUCCUGCUCCCACCGGCGACCCGAGCGAGCCUCGUCGCAAAUCCAUCAUCAUGCGGAAGAUGGGAACGUGGCGGAUUAGUCGUGCCGGCUCGUAUGACGGCAGCGAAGAAGAAUCUGGCAAUCAUCCAACCGCCACCAAGCUCUCGCAUUGA